AUGAAGCUUCUAAAGGACUUAUUGGUAGAUAGAAAGGAAUUUGAGGAUUGGAAGAACAAUUUAACAUGGGCUCGGGAUGGUACUCUAUAUUUGACCACAUUUCCUGAUAUUAGCAUUGGGCAGCCAAAAUAUGCUAAAGACAUUAAUUGCAACAGUAAGAAUUUAUUUCAUGUGAAAGAAUUCCCGCUAGAAUUUGAAAAUAAACUGGAUUUCGAGCUGGCGCAACAGAAUGGGUUAUUAAAUUCACAACCUGUUUGUUAUCCCAGAGUCUGUAAGCCAUCACCAAUAGACGAUUGGAUGGCCGUAUUGAGCAAUAAUGGUAAUGUUUCUGUGUUCAAAGAUAACAAAAUGCUCACAAAUCUCGAUUCAAAAGGAAACUUAAGUAGCAGAACCUACCAUUGUUUUGAAUGGAAUCCUAUUGAAUCAUCAAUCGUGGUUGGUAAUGAAGACGGUGAGCUUCAAUUCUUUAGCAUUCGCAAAAAUUCAGAAAAUACUCCAGAAUUUUAUUUUGAGAGUAGUAUUAGAUUAAGUGACGCAGGCUCAAAAGACUGGGUCACUCAUAUAGUAUGGUACGAAGACGUUCUUGUAGCGGCGCUUUCAAACAAUUCUGUAUUUUCAAUGACAGUUUCUGCUUCCUCUCAUCAACCCGUUUCUAGAAUGAUACAAAAUGCUUCGAGAAGAAAAAUUACUGAUUUAAAGAUAGUGGAUUAUAAGGUGGUUUUAACUUGUCCCGGAUAUGUGCAUAAGAUAGAUUUAAAAAAUUAUUCAAUUUCUAGCUUGAAAACAGGAUCUCUCGAAAAUUUUCAUAUAAUCCCAUUGAAUCAUGAGAAAGAGAGCACGAUAUUAUUGAUGUCCAAUAAGACUAGUUAUAAAGUUUUACUAGAAGACGAACUUCAUGUGACGGCUGAUAAUAUUAUCGCGCCUUACUUAGAGAAGAAAUUCAAGAAAUGGAGCACAAUUUGGAAUGAAUUCAAUAAUUAUGAAACAACUCUUGUCAUACACGGAAUAUCUCUCUCUCCAGACGGCUAUUCAAUAGCCAUAGUAUACGAUAUGGAACGGGUGGCUUUCAAAUAUAAAAUAGCUUCAGAACAAUCGUUUAACAUCAUGUUCGCCCCACUAUAUCAUACUUGGACAAUUUCUGAACGUGCUGUUGGAUUAGCGUGGUAUCAGACGUACCAAAUUUACAACCAAUCGCUGCCCAAACUUCCAGAAAAUUUCAGUAUGAACAAGAAAUUACUGAAUGGUAAUUACCCUAUUAGUCUGGAUUUCCAAUCAUACCUCAAUGCAUUAAUGAAAAGUGAAGAGAUGAGGAUUAUAAUGUUCUUGAAUAUGACUAUCGAUAAACCGUCAAUUUUGUCAUUUUUGGAAGCCUUAUAUGAAUACGCUAUAAACAAAAAAUCCGAAUUAACGAAUAGUUUUGAUUUAGCUUGCGUAUUAUCUAUAGCGGCAAUACUUAAAAGAGAAGCGCCAAUUUACAACGGCACGUUAUUGAUGAAGAACAGCUUUCUCGAGGAAACGUUCAAUUUAGAAAGCUUCACGGCUGACCCUGAAACUGUAACAUCCACCACGAAUAACACGUGGAAGAGGUGUGGUGUCACUUUGCUUCCAAUACUUACAACGCAUGUAAAGAUAUGUCCCGUGAGCAAACAACGGGUAAUAGACAUAAAACGAGAUGAUUUGAAUGAUUAUGGUUGGUUUACAAGGGGUCUAUUAGAAAGAUUUAAUGAAAUAAGCGUAUAUUGUGGAACAACGCUGGAAGUUAUGUAA